GUUGCGCGCAUUAAGGUUAGGUUGGUCGUAUGAGAGGCCGUCGUCUGCUGCUGCUACAGGGGGAAAGGAAAAUACAGUCUAAACUCUUUAUACAUGAAGACAUAGUUGUUUUUCUCCUCCUUGUUUUUUGACUGGACGCUCCUUUGAAUUCGUUUGUUAAGCUGCCGUAGCAUCCUCAGCGUUUUGCCGGAUCGAUUCGCUCCAGAAAACCGGGAGAGAGAGAGUGUGUUUUUAUAUGCAGCCGCUGGACACCUCCGUUGGUCAAAUAUCAAACUGAGGUAACUCCUCAACACCCCCCUCCCCCCUUCCCUGUUCCAAGUCCUAAAGCGCCUCUCCUGCCCCUACACCCCUACUAACAUUCCCUCAGGACCUCAAGGCCACUUUGGGCUGGUGGCCGUCUUUCCCAAAGCCUUGUUGGGGAAGAGGGUUAGUCUCAUCCCGUUUUUUUUUUCCUCCCCGCCUAAACCUCGUCCUGUGUUUCACGGCCGAACCUUAACACCACUCGAGGAUGUCCUCCAUCUUGCCAUUCACGCCGCCUGUGGUGAAGCGCCUGCUGGGCUGGAAGAAGUCUGCGAGCGGCUCAGGCGGAGCAGGCGGCGGAGAGCAGAACGGUCAGGAGGAGAAGUGGUGCGAAAAGGCGGUUAAGAGCCUGGUGAAGAAGCUGAAGAAGACGGGCCAGCUGGAUGAGCUGGAGAAAGCCAUCACCACGCAGAACUGCAACACCAAGUGUGUGACCAUCCCCAGCAAUUGCUCUGAAAUUUGGGGACUGAGUACUCCAAAUACGAUAGAACAGUGGGAUACCUCAGGCCUAUACAGCUACCCUGACCAAACCAGAUCUCUGGACGGACGCCUGCAGGUGUCUCACCGUAAGGGGCUGCCUCACGUAAUCUACUGCCGCCUGUGGCGAUGGCCCGACCUGCACAGCCAUCACGAGCUGCGUGCCAUCGACACGUGCGAGUUCGCCUUCAACCUCAAGAAGGACGAAGUGUGCGUCAACCCCUACCACUACCAGCGGGUGGAGACACCAGUCUUACCACCUGUCCUCGUGCCAAGACACACAGAGAUUCUGACUGAACUGCCUCCUCUGGAUGACUACACCCAUUCCAUACCCGAAAACACCAACUUUCCUGGCGGGAUCGAACCCCCCAACAACUAUAUACCAGAAACUCCUCCACCAGGCUACAUCAGUGAGGAUGGAGAGACCAGUGACCAGCAUAUGAAUCAAAGUAUGGACACAGGUUCCCCUGCAGAACUGUCGCCAAGCACACUCUCGCCCGUCAACCAUGGCAUGGACCUGCAACCGGUGACCUACUCCGAGCCUGCUUUCUGGUGCUCCAUAGCCUACUAUGAGCUGAACCAGCGGGUCGGGGAAACAUUCCACGCCUCGCAGCCUUCCCUCACUGUGGACGGAUUCACAGAUCCUUCUAACUCGGAGCGUUUCUGCUUGGGCCUGCUGUCCAACGUCAACCGCAACGCCACCGUGGAGAUGACUCGCAGACACAUAGGCCGGGGAGUCAGGCUGUAUUAUAUCGGAGGGGAAGUGUUUGCCGAGUGUCUAAGCGACAGCGCCAUCUUUGUUCAAAGCCCCAACUGUAACCAGAGGUACGGCUGGCACCCUGCAACCGUCUGCAAAAUCCCCCCAGGCUGUAACCUGAAGAUCUUCAACAACCAGGAGUUUGCUGCGCUCUUGGCUCAGUCGGUCAAUCAGGGCUUCGAGGCCGUCUAUCAGCUCACCAGAAUGUGCACCAUCCGCAUGAGCUUUGUUAAAGGCUGGGGGGCCGAGUACAGACGGCAGACUGUGACGAGCACUCCAUGCUGGAUCGAGCUGCACUUGAACGGACCGCUGCAGUGGCUGGAUAAGGUUCUGACCCAGAUGGGUUCUCCCACCGCCCGCUGUUCCAGUAUGUCCUAAUCGCCAUGACGACGAUGCCCACGCCCCCCCCCCCCUUUCCCGAAAUCUGCAAAGUCCACAAUCACAAGAAACGACAAGUAGAACAACAGAUGUGCUAUAAUCCCCGACUCUAUCUCUCUUUCAUAGUACUACUUCUCUCUCUCUCUCUCUCUCUCUCUCUCUCUCUCUCUCUCUCUCUCUCUCCUGAUGUUCUCACUUUUCGGAACUGAACAUGGCACUUGCUGUCACAUCAGCUUCAUGCACCUUUAAUUCGCUUUUUUUCCCCCCUCCUCAUAAAUCCUCAAUAUUAAAUGUAUUAGUGGUAGAAUUUUGAAAUGUAUAUAUUUUUUUUCCUCUCUCCUUUUCUUAUAAAGACUGGGAAGGUGUGUGUGUUAGGGAAGUAACAGAAGGCAGUUAAUAACUUGGCACAGAUGUUUCAGUAAAGCAUUCCUUCCCCUUGAGGUGAUCGCGUAAACUAAAUGUUUCUGAUUAUGUUCUUUGCUUAACCAAUAGCUUACCUUCUGUUGGCAAAAUGUCAUAUUGCUUAAGCUUGAUCUCUUUGCUGAGACUAAUCAACAACAACAAAAAAAGUAUUACUGCUUUUUUUAAGCCCUUCCCACCCACCAAAACCUUUCAUUCUUAAAAAGUAACGCCAAAAGACACCUUAUCCACUUCUUGUUCCUGAUAGCUGCGCCCAACCACUAUGAAAGAAUGUUGCCUUAUAUGUUCAGGGUGCUGUCUUAUGGCAUGAAAUCUAAUGUGAACAGAGAGGAAUGUUUUAGCAAAAAGAAAGAAAGAGACCGUAAGAAGAAGAAGAAGAAGAAGAAGAAAAAUAUAACAACCCGGACCAAUAUUUUCUUCACCUCUGUCUCUGUAUCGCCCCUCAUUAGGUGAAUACUCAAUAGAUCACUCUGGAGCGUUCCGAGUUGGGCUGAGGAAAAUCUUUAUGAAGAAAAAUGACAAAAAAAAAAAAGUAAUAAAAAAAACGAGUACACAAUCCAUAUCUUUCAAAAUAAAAAAAUGACAAAAAAAUCCAACCGUUUUAAGCUUUAAGUGUUAAUAAAGUAGGUUAUUCUUCACAAUCACAUGAUUUUUUUUUUCUCUCUCUCUCUCCUUUAUCUUUCUUUUAGCUACUUUUUGUAUUUUCAUGUAUUUUUAUAUAUAAAUAUAUUUAAAAUCUUUAA